AUGGUGGCGUCGAAGCGAAUCGCCGCCGCUGUCCCGCGCUACCUCGCCUUUUUGGAGUACGACGGCGCGCGCUUCCGCGGCUUCCAGAGGCAGUGCGGCGUCGCGGCGACGGUGCAAGGCGCGCUGGAUGAAGCGCUCACGGCUUUCACGGGCGCGCGCGGAGCGAUCGAGUGCGUCGGUAGCUCGAGGACGGACGUCGGCGUGCACGCGCUGCGAAACUCGGCGCACUUCGACUUCGCGAGAACGACGAAGGAUGGGACGACGGUCGAACCGCACGACGGCGCGAGCGUGCGAAGAGGGGUGAAUUAUCACUUGAGAAAGCUCGGCGCGGCGGUGCGGGUGACGGAGUGCGUCAGGGUGGAUGAGAUGAAUCCAAAAUUUCACGCGCGGCACGACGCGGUGGCGAGGCGGUAUAGAUACGAUAUAUUGGUCGGCGAACGCGACGACGGGGGGAGCUUGUUCGACGCCGAGCGCGCGUGGUACGUGCGCGCGACGUGCGACGGGCGUUUAAACGUGGACGCGAUGCGAGACGCGGCGGCGGCGCUGACGGGCACGCACGAUUUCAGUUCUUUUCGCGCGAACGGGUGUCAAGCGAGCUCGCCCGUGCGCACGCUGACGUCCAUCGACGUCAAGGAAGAGCUCACGGAGUGGCCCGCCGCGGAGGCGCGCGGUACGAAGCAAAAGAUUUCCAUCGCCGUCGCCGCGCCCAGUUUUCUUUACCAUCAAGUCCGUCUCCUCGCCGGCGCGCUCAAAGCCGUCGGCGCGAACGACCUCACCGUGAAAGACGUUCAGGAGCUUCUCGAAGCGAAAGACGUCGCGCGCGCGCCGCAAAUGGCGCCCGCGCACGGGUUAUAUUUGGCCGACGUCGCGUAUCUAGAAAAUUACGCCGUGCGUCCCGCGUACGGCGCGCGAGACGAAGACGCGUGA